GAGGGUUGCGGGGGUGCUGGAGCCUAUCCCAGCUGACUUCGGGCGAGAGGCAGGGUACACCCUAGACUGGUGGGCCAGCCAAUCACAGGGCACAUAUAGACAAACAACCAUUCACACUCACAUUCAAUUGGACAAUUUGGAGUCGCUAAUUAACCUAGCAUGUUUUUGGAAUGUGGGAGGAAACCGGAGUACCCGGAGAAAACCCACGCAUGCAUGGGGAGAACAUGCAAAUUCUACACAGAGAUGGCGGAAUUGAACUCAGGUCUCCUAGCUGUGAGGUCUGCGUGCUAACCACUCGACCGCCGUGCAGCCCUACAUUAAAACAGUUCCAAAGAAAUACAGCUGAAUAGGUGCAGAUUCUGGAAGAACUAGCAAGCUUUCUGUGCUGGUUAUUGUGUGUAGCUGCUCUACAGUAGUCCACAACUCAAUACAUAGGGCCAAAAAAUGAUCCCCUUUAAAAAAGACUCCCCCAGGCUCUUGUUUUUAUCUGACACACAGGUGGAGCGAACCAACUUCUGAGCUCCGCGGCACCAGCAGUGCCUCUGACACAGUGUGUCCGACAAUGAGUGCUCCUUCUCGGGUAGAUGAGUUGGACGCGGCGCCAUAGAGUCCCAGUUCUCUUGAGCUCCACGGCACCAGAGGAAUAUCUAAAAAGCUUUCUGUGCUGGUUAUUGUGUGUAGCUGCUCUACAGGAGUCCACAAUAUUUUCUGGUUUGUAUGAUAGGUAUUCUAACAUUACGUUGAUUUGAUCCUUAUAUUUCCUGUAAUAUUGAAGGUGAGUUUAUGCAUAGAGAGCAUGAUUGUUUACUAAACAUCCAAUCAGAUUACUGCCAUAUUGUUCACACAAAACAAGCAAUGCAUGAUAACGUUAUUAAAAAAAAACUGGCAUGAUUCGCCUCUCUGUAAAACUGCAAAAUGUGUUUAAUAUGAAUAUAUAUUUUAUACAAACAGCACCAAAUACAAAUUCCCUAACCAAAAACUUUGCAACGUGUCUAACGUGUACAUUUUGUGAAACUAGUUAUGAGUCCUGGCACAGAUGGAUGUCACCUCCAGCAUCUUGAAAGGAUUUCUCUUCUACCGGGCCUCUGUGGAUCAGCUCUUCUGCCGUGUCCCCGAAGCCGUGAUAAUGUCCGUAAUUUAGGAAGUCACUGCAGACGUCUCCCGACAGACCCUGCAAGCCUGGCGGAUGGGACUCACAGCUGCCGGGACUUCCUGUCAGAUGCAGGGAGCCGCACAUGUCGGCUGGUCGGUGCGGAGUGGAAUCAUCAUUGCAGUCGGGAAUCAUUGGUUCCUCUUUCUGGUCAACAGGAAGUGAUGGAUAAAAGCGCUCUAUGACGGGAUGGGGCAAAGACAAACCUUUAAUACUUUAGCACCUUGGUUCCAAAAGUGGGGUUCUACCCCACAAGAUGUUUGUCGCUGAACUUACUUUGAGGGUUGGACUCCAUGCAGUCUUCGCCGCCAGCACUAUGCAUCUGCAGUAACACAUCUGCACCAGGAGACAACACAGAUGUUCUCAGGUCGAUUGGAUGCUGCUAUGUCGCUACUGAGUCUAAGUCAAGUCCUUUUCACCUCUCCUCGCCUUCUUCAUGUGACCAUUCUCAAAAGCGGACUGCAGCCUCUUCCUGCCAAGCGGACCAGAACCAGAGAGAGAAGCCUCCACAGUCAUUUCCUCUCCGUUCUGGAGCUCACUGAGAGCUGAGAUGCGGCGAAGGCAGUCGUGACUGCGUGCCAGGUCGGCUGCAGUCUGUCCAUUGGCGUUCCUUACACUGCAGAAGAAGAACCUGCAGCACCUGGAUGCACUCCAAGCUUCCUGCCCUGGCAGCCUUGUGAAUGGGUGCCUCGCCUGUCAAGUCCUGAAACCAGAGAUGCAAACUCCGAAAUCAGGAGAGGAUGGUUUUGUUCGAGUCAGGAAAAGAGACCUAGAAAAGUUAACGACAGAGGUCAUGCAGCUGAGGGAGUUCCUGCCCAGAGUUGUGAAUGGGAAGAUGAUUGAGAUGCUUCAAAAUACUUUAGCAACAAGAAAAGUGAAGGAGCAUCUCACACAGGAACAGGAACAUUUGCGUCAGGAGUGUCUUCAUCUUCAGUCCAGACUGGAUGCUCUACAAACCGAAUGUCAGAAGGAGAGAGAGGAAAGAUGUCUGUUGCGUGAGCAGCUCUGGCAGAGUCGAGCUGAGGUGCAGCAGCAGACGGACUUCUGCUCCAGCCUGGGUUCUGCAGCCUGCAGUCUGCUAUGGGACUGCUCCGCGAGGGAGGACACAGUGAAGCAGUGGUUGACUGAUGGAAACCUGCAGGCGUUUCUGAUGGUAGCGACUCAGACUCUGGAGAGCUUUGUUACGACUCUGGAUGAAACGGCAAAGAGUUCACUGGAGGAACGCAACACCCAGGAGUACCAGUUUGUUUUGGCGCUAGCUGGAACCAUUACCAACAUUGCGGCUGUAACCUGUGGGCGGGACUUCCUACUGGCACACGAUCUGUUGGACACGCUGAUAAAGCUGCUAGAACUGAUGAAACCGGGUGUCUUCCCUAAACUGAAAGUGUUGGUGCUAAUGGCACUUUAUAAUGCCAGCAUCAGUGUGAUGGGGCUGAAGCGCAUGAGUGAGAACCCAAGACUGCUGCCUCUUAUUUGGACUCUACUUGAAGACAGAUCCUGGGAGGUGUGCCUGCACUCCCUGCGCCUCCUGCAGUCUGUGCUCAUGGAAGAUGGAGUGCAUGACUGUUUGGGCACCGCUGUCAUGGAUUUGGACCUACAGGCCCGUGUUAGCCGACUUACGUCCAGUGUUGAGCCGAGCUUGAGAUUGAUAGCGCAGCAGACUUUGGAAGACAUCCAGGUGCUCAAACAGGUAUCCGUAAAAAAAAAACAAACACAGUAACAGAAACCUCAUUGGGUCAAAGCCGUCAGACCAUAAUUGAAAAUGUUUUUAAAUAAUUCAAAUUGAUGUUGGAUGACAUAAAUAUUUG